UAGUAGAAAUAGUUCGAUGUAACGCAGAGGGGAAUUAACAAAGAAAGGACAGUCUUCAAUUUUUAUUAUUACUUAGUACACAAAUUGAGUUUCUUUAGAUUUUUUUUUUUUUAAUCUUAGUAAUAAUAUUCCUAACAUCGUAUAUUAAAAAAGUAAAAAAAAAAAAUAUGUCUGGUAAAAAAGACGUUAUUCCACACACCGUUAAUCCUGAUCUACUGAGAGAACGUCGUGCAGCCAGUUUUCGGGUAUAUGAAUUCGCAUGUUGGUGGCAUGGAGGCGCUGAAAAGCUACGCUUCAAGAGAGACUUGGAACAAGAAAUCUUCAAGGACCUGACAGAUCAUAAUACACUGCUGCAUUAUAAGUCGCAUGCGGAAAUCUGCGACAUAGCGGUAAAACAAUCCAUCGAGCUAGCAAAGAAGCUGCGUGCAAUGCAGGCCCGCAUUAACCCGGGCGGUAAUGAAAUAUGGCCCAAACUUUACUUGUCGUCCAUGGUUUGGGGCGCUGUGCCCGCUGGGCAUCCGUUUGCCGUACAGUACGCCAUGAUGGUUGAUGCGAUCAAGAAGCAGGGCACCGACGAACAGUGGGAACGCUUUGGCAGGCGCGUGGAGAAUUUCGAAAUCUGUGGCACUUAUGCGCAGACAGAGUUGGGCCAUGGCACAUUCCUGCGUGGACUGGAGAUGCGCGCCGAUUACGAUCGGACAACGGACGAAUUCGUGCUGAACUCGCCAACGCUGAGCGCAUACAAAUGGUGGCCUGGUGGCUUGGGUCACUGCAGCAACUAUUGCCUGCUGGUGGCGCAGCUUUACAUUGACGAUAAGCCGAAGGGCGUACAAAUGUUCAUAGUGCAGUUGCGUGACGAGGAGACACACUUGCCGCUGCCGGGCAUCGACAUUGGCGAGAUUGGACACAAGAUGGGUUUCUACGGCGCAAAUAAUGGAUUCUUGGGCUUGAAAAAUGUGCGCAUACCACGCACGAAUAUGCUGAUGCGCAACGCAAAAGUCUUGCCGAAUGGCACGUUCGUGAAGAGUCCAGCAUCCGUGCUAACCUACUUUACGAUG